ACAUGUCAAAGAGACACACACUGAAUUAGCAGGGAGUGUUAUAAAAGCCUUGGAGUGCAAGCUCUCAGCUGUCUUAGUAAGAAGAGAAGCCUUCAAUGGAUCCUUUUGUGGUCCUGGUGCUCUGUCUCUCCUUUGUGCUUCUCUUUUCACUCUGGAGACAGAGCUCUGGGAGAAGGAAGCUCCCUCCUGGCCCCACUCCUCUUCCUAUUAUUGGAAAUAUGCUACAGAUAGAUGUUAAGGACAUCUGCAAAUCUUUCAGCAAUGUAAGUAUGCUUUAUGUUCCUCCAGUCACUUGCAAAGGUUCUCAAAAGUCUAUGGUCCUGUGUUCACCGUGUAUUUUGGCAUGAAUCCUGUAGUGGUGUUGCAUGGAUAUGAGACAGUGAAGGAAGCCCUGAUUGAUAAUGCAGAGGAGUUUUCUGGAAGAGGCAUUUUGCCAAUAUCUGAAAGAAUUACUAAGGGACUUGGUAGGUGUGCAUAUACCUGUGUCAGCUUUGGUAACUGGGGUGAGGAAGAUGGAAAACAGAGCCCUAAAAAGCUUCUCAGCAGAGCUUAGCCUAUCUGCCUGGCUGCCAAGUGUUGCAGUGCUUUCUUCCUUGGUUGUGAAUUCUCCCAGUUUCUGCCCCCCUUUUUUGUUAGGAAUCAUUUCCAGCAGUGGAAAGAGAUGGAAGGAGACCCGUCGUUUCUCUCUCACAACCUUGCGGAAUUUUGGGAUGGGGAAGAGGAGCAUUGAGGACCGUGUUCAAGAGGAAGCCCGCUGCCUUGUGGAGGAGUUGAGAAAAAGCAAUGCCUCACCCUGUGAUCCCACUUUCAUCCUGGGCUGUGCUCCCUGCAAUGUGAUCUGCUCCGUUGUUUUCCAGAAACGAUUUGAUUAUAAAGAUGAGAAUUUUCUCACCCUGAUGAAAAGAUUCAAUGAAAACUUCAGGAUUCUGACCUCCCCAUGGAUCCAGGUCUGCAAUAAUUUCCCUCUACUCAUUGAUUGUUUCCCAGGAACUCACAACAAAUUGCUUAAAAAUGUUGCUCUUACAAAAAGUUACAUUAGGGAGAAAGUAAAAGAACACCAAGCAUCACUGGAUGUUAACAAUCCUCGGGACUUUAUCGAUUGCUUCCUGAUCAAAAUGGAGCGGGAAAAGGACAACCAAGAGUCAGAAUUCACUAUUGAAAACUUGGUUGGCACUGUAGCUGAUCUAUUUGUUGCUGGAACAGAGACAACAAGCACCACUCUGAGAUAUGGACUCCUGCUCCUGCUGAAGCACCCAGAGGUCACAGCUAAAGUCCAGGAAGAAAUUGAUCAUGUAAUUGGCAGACACAGGAGCCCCUGCAUGCAGGAUAGGAGCCACAUGCCUUACACAGAUGCUGUAAUACACGAGAUCCAGAGAUACAUUGACCUUGUCCCCACCGGUGUACCCCACGCAGUGACCACUGAUAUUAAGUUCAGAAACUACCUCAUCCCCAAGGGCACAAUCAUAAUAACAUUACUCACUUCCGUGCUGCACGAUGACAAAGAAUUCCCUAAUCCCAAGAUCUUUGACCCUGGCCACUUUCUGGAUGAGAAUGGCAACUUUAAGAAAAGUGACUACUUCAUGCCUUUCUCAGCAGGAAAACGAAUUUGUGCAGGAGAGGGACUUGCCCGCAUGGAGCUAUUUUUAUUUCUAACCACAAUUUUACAGAACUUUAACCUGAAACCUGUUGCUGAUUUAAAGAACCUCAAUACUACUUCAGCUACCAGAGGAAUUAUUUCUCUGCCACCCUCGUACCAGAUCUGCUUCAUUCCUGUCUGAAGAAUGCUAGCCCAUCUGGCUGCCGAUCUGCUAUCACCUGAAACUCCUUUUUAUCAACGACAUUCCCACUGUUAUGUCUUCUCUGACCUCUCAUCACAUCUUCCCAUGCACUCAAUAUCCCGUGAGCAUCCAACCUCCAUUAAGGAGAGUUGUUCAGGUCACUGUACAAAUAUAUCUGUAAUUAUUCAUACUUGUAACACUUGUAUUGACUGUCGCAUAUGCUAAUACUUUUCUGAUGCUGACUUUUUAAUAUGUUAUCACUGUAAAACACAGAAAAGUGAUUAAUGAGUGAUAAUUUAGAUCCAUUUCUUUUGUGAAUGUGCUAAAUAAAAAGUGUUAUUAAUUGCUGGUUC